CGAAUUUUUGUGUGUAUUUUAUUUUGGUAAACAACAUUUUCAGUGUUUGUUUUAUUUUAAUUAUAUACUUUUCGUUUCAGAAAAACUGUGAUUGCCUUGUUUUUUCACUUGCGUAUAUCUAUACGAUAAAUAAGUUUGCUGAAUUGUGUCUAGAUGCAUUGAAUGUCCAGUGAUGUGGGUGUUACCGUAUACUUGGCACAGAACCGUGUAGCGUAUUUCCCGUGCCGUGCUGAAAACCUGCGUGCUUUCCAUGUAUUAGGAUCUGCUGAUUGUCACGUGAAAAACUGCGGUCAACACUAUGCUUUCUGCUCCCCCGCCAACGUUGAUAUUUUGGACUUUGAGAAUAACAUUGGCGUGGUCACCGUAGACACGGAAGCUUUAAAGCAGUUUUUAGCGGCGCGGCGUCUACUACCCUCCUGUGAACCUUCACCCUCUCCCGCCACUUCCACCUUCUGCCGCGCCACCAGCCUUCCACCUUACCACUAUCAAUCCACUGCCGGUGCCUCGAAUUUCAGCACUUCUCACACUACCACUCAACUACCCCCCGAUCCUUGUCCACCACGUCGUUCUUCCCUGAACAUCAUCCACACCUGGAAUCCUGCGUCGCAGCCUCAGCUUGCAAGAAACUAUAGCGAGUCCGAGCUGGCCGCCACGGGACGCAGAGGAGGGGGCGCCUCGCCCUCCUCGGCUCACUUUGACUCUUCACACCACGCGUUCUCCAAGCUUAUGCAGACCGACGAUGUUUCCAGCAUUGCUGAGCAAAUUGCCAGUCAGGCAGAACUCAUCUAUCAAACGUGGAAAACAACGGGACUCAACCCAAAUCAACUGAUUCGUUAUCAUAGCAUUGCCACCGAAGAUGAUGUUGACUCAGCGCCAGCCCGGGCAGUUACUCCCGUUCCGCGAACCCCGAUGCGAAGCAUUAGUCCGGCUCCCCCAGGCUCGUCACCCGCCGUCCCCCGACGAGUUCUUGAUUCCUCCAUGACGAAUGGUCGUCAAUCUCAACAGUUUUCAACCAAAUCUAUUCCACAACAGAAUACGUAUCAACCGCAUCAACAACCGGAGAAACAAAAAAGCGAUUCUCCAUACAUCCAACAACAUUAUAAUCAGCAGUCGUAUACAUCAAAACAACCUCAGCAUCACUUCCAAAACCAGCAAGUUCAGCAUAUCCAGAAUCAGUCUCAGCACGCUUCUUCGCCCGUGAGAACCUUAAAUGCCAGUCCGCGUCCGUACGUGUCUCCGAACAGUCCUCAGACCCAAGGCCAAGCUCCUUUCCGGUCAGCGUCUCCGUCUCCCUCAAGCGGAGGUUUCCUUCACUCCAGCUCGCCACGUCCUUAUGUUACGUCUCCUCCUGUGUCACCGCCACAGCCCCCUGAACGAUCGUCUUCUUACUCUGGUAGUGACUCGCCCGGCGAUGGACGUCAGGCACUUACAGAUCCCAAACUUGAAGUGUCACUUCGAGACCUGGUAAAUUCAUUCGUUCUUGAAGACAAAGCCCGGCAAGGUUUAGGUACUCGACUCAACGAGCGUCCUAAAAGUGCUCCUUCCACGAUCCAAGAUGCUCUGCAGCGUUUUGAGCGACAAAUGGCAAUAACAUCGCGCUCUACGCCUCCAGCGACAGACGAUCGCUCGCUUGACAUGUCUGUUGUUCCCUCCUCCAUGUCAUCGCCGUAUUCUUCGGAUGUUUAUUCUGGUUCUUCACCCUAUUCUCCUAGCUCGUCAGCUUCUCGAUUUUCCGCUAAUAAUUCAAAUAGCUUGGUGGGUGAAUCAACUUCUAAGCGUUAUACUGGAUCCAGAAGCGAGCCGUUGGUCGCUGAUGGCUGGCAGAAAUCGAGCUCGAGUAAUAAUCCGGAGCUGGAUUUCAGAUCUCGGCGGUCAAUUUCACCGAGCCCUCCUCCUCUGGCUCAGCCAGGAUGGAAUGAGACUUCUCAGAGCAGCACAUCAACCUGGCCGUUGAAGUUCAAGCAACCUCCCCCCGGACAACAAUCUUCUUCGUAUUCCUCAUCUUCAAUGAGCGUUUCGCCUCCAAAAAGCAGCCACGGAUCUUCUGGCAACAACUACGUGACAACUCUCGAAACUCGAGUCGAGCUUCCAGGAUCGCCUGCAACUGUUCCGAGCCGCCACAAAGUUAUUAAUUUGGGGCCCCCAUCUCAAGAAGAACGAAUUUUGCAGUCGUUAAGAUCCAGUUCACUUAUCCAAGAAUCUGAACAAAAGCGACUUGCAAGCCAGCAAGCUUCUCGAUCAAGUAGCGGGACAUCAGCUUUUACUCCAAGCUCUCCCAGUACCACAUCCAAGCCAAAACACAAAUUUUCCAUUAGUGUUACCGUCGAUGUGGAUGAAACCAAGACACCCGAAGUUGACAAUUCCGCGUAUCGAAUCAGACCAGAAGUCAGUCAAAUGUCCACAAUCGACUACGCAAAAAAUAGAUUCCAAGAAGCCCAACAACAUCCUAAAACAUCUGUACGCCUUCAAGAUGAACGAAGUAUAUUAGGAACCAGAAGUACCGCUGUUAAUGGUGAUGGCCGCGUUCUUUCAGUCAAGAGCAGGUUUGAACCUGGUGAUGGUAUGCUGCGCUCUUACGAUCCAGUACUGUCUACAUUACCUGAAUUUUAUCGCCGGAAACUUCGGAAGAUGCAGCGCAAGUCGGGUUCGCCAGAACCUCUGGCCGGUGUACUAGCGACUUUACCUCACCCUGAGCUGACGGAUCAACAAAAGGCUCACAUCAGAGAGCGGUCACAGUCACCAACCGCCGCCGCAUUCCAUGCCGCUGCUGGAGCCGCUGCCAUACGGCCGUUCCUAACGCAAGGCAGCGUCGCCGAAAGGGUCAUGAUCUUUGAGCGAGCGCCCGUUGAAAUGAAGCCCAAACCUCCGUCAGAAAUAUCACAUCUUCCUCAAGAGCGACGACGUCCGAUCUUGCCAUACCGGGAUCCAGAUUCCGUACGUUCUAAAGCUCAGUUCUGGAACAUCUUGCACUUUUUGGCCGAGUUAGACAAUCUACCGCCCUCAGAAGAGACCUUGGGUCCUCCGCCUUCAGGAGGCACGAGUCCCGCCAUCGCAGCCGCCGUGUCCACCGUCAGCCGCCACAUCGAGAGCAACGUACCCGCCUUGCUCGCUCCCGCCGACCUGCGCAAUCAGACGUACGUGCGAGAUCCCAACCUUCAAGAUAAACCUCAAAAUGUCUUCAAGGCCAGUUCUGGCACCAGCACAAGUGCUAAUGGCUGCGCGAGUGCUGGAAGCGCCAGUAAUUCAGUCACUGCAGUGUUGCACAACAAAGAGAACACCCGUCCCGGUGCUGCUGCCAGCAGUUCACAGCUCAAAUCAUCGCUGGCAGGAAGUGUGUAUGCCGCUGGCAGCGGAUCUUCUAAUUCCUCUGCGGGAGGUUUUGCUGGCAGCUCGCCUGUCAGUCCGUCGCACAUGUCCUCUUCACAGCAGUCAUCUGCUGGCAGAUCUGGCGCACCUCCCUCUGCGAGAAGACUCGCCAAGACUUCCUCUAAAAAUAUCAUUAUUCCUAAGUUCUACUUCCCACAAGGGCGACCCACGACGCCGGCGCAGCAGGAGGCGAGCGUGCAGCGGGUGGUUGCUUGCUUCAGGGACCACGGCGGCCAGAUAACGAGAGACCAGCUCGCCGUCCUCAUGCGGGCCUGCGACCUGCCGCUCUACUGGAAGGCGCCUGUCUUUGUUGCUGCUGGGGGGGAGAAGCUCGGCUACCUCACCCAGGAACUCUUCACUGAUUACUGGACCAGGGUGUUGUCGACGUGUCACGACGAAGCGUCGCGCUUCAUCCACGUGCUCAGCAGAGGCGCGCGUAAUUACAUCCUCCCUGAAGACCUGGUCGGCCUCAUACAAGACGUCGUAGACUCGCACCCUGGCCUCGCCUUCCUUAAAGACGCCGCAGAAUUCCAUUCACGAUACGUGCACACGAGGUGUAUGGAUAUCGACGGAGACGGCUUUCUCUCAAUGUAUGAACUCGAGUACUUCUACGAAGAGCAGCUACAGCGCAUGGAGGCGCUCGGAAUAGAAACUUUGCCUUUCCACGAUUGUCUCUGCCAGAUGCUGGAUAUGGUUCGGCCUGAAUUCCCAGACAAAAUUUCACUAACUGAUCUCAAGAGAUGUCGAAUGACUCCCAUCUUUUUCGACACUUUCUUCAACCUGGAAAAAUAUCUUGACCACGAACAACGAGAUCCCUUCGCUUCACAUCGCGCUGAGGACGACGGACCGGAGACUUCUGAUUGGGACAGAUUUGCUGCUGAGGAAUAUGAACUUCUUGUGGCAGAGGAGGGCGGAGCUGAUCCACAAGAUGACAUGGGUUACGGUGCUGAAGAUGAGCUAUCAGCUGGCCUAGAGGCAGUUCUAGCGCGUGGCGGCGGCGGCGUUGACGGAAUCAACGACGUCUGUCCAGACUCUCUCUCGACCACCACCUCCAUAGAUGCUGGACGCUCCGUCGGCCUUAACAAACACUCGAGCCUCUCAGCCACGCUCACCAACCUUGCCGUGGAUGCCAUGGAUGUGGAUGAUGACUACGCGGACUAUGUCGACAGCGACGACUAUCACUACUGACCAAUGAAGAGCCUCUCAGCCACGUUCACCAACCUUCUCGUGCAUGAUAACUCGGUGGCUUGCAUAUGGAUGAUAACUACGCUGUCACUUCUGGCAAAUGUGAUGUGUGGGUCUGCAAUGCUCGCUGUGUGCGUAGCCUUAAGGCUCCCGUCUAAUGAAUUACAAAUAUAACUGCUACAAGUUACCGUUACAACAUUUUGUACGACUCAUUGAGUACUAGACAGCACUAGGUAUAAAAUGUAUUCAUUAUUGAAGCCAGCUACGUUUUUACUUGAAAACCUUCGUUUUCAAUGCGAUGCUAGAGUUAUGGUAAAAAGUAAUAUGUAUCGCACCAAUCGAUGCAAAGUAUCUACCUACGUUAAAAGGAAACUAUCUUAUUCUUCAAGAAAGUUGAAUGCUUAAAAUGCGUGAAAUAGUUCUGUGAACAAGCGGCUAUUAAUAAUGUUAAUUAUAGUUCUCGCUUCAUCAUAGAUUCAGUUCAGUUGUUCAAAGUUUUGGAAAAGUACUCUAGGCAAUAAUUUAGAAAUUAGUUAGGAGUGUUCAUGAUAUUGAAGGAUGAUGUCCUAGCGUGCGCGUCAUAUUUUGAAUCUUCUAUGUUACGAUCAUUAAAAUUGAUCGUGAGAGAAUCAUUUAUCCACGCUAUGGCCUAUAUACUCAAUGCCAUCCAUAUUGAGCAAUGCCAUCCACUCGAGUAUUGAGGUGGUUGUUGUUGAAAUAUGUGACACAGGUGAUGUGUAUAGUUUUCUAGAGUCACACAUAUUGAAACCAAUCGGUUCACUGAAAAUAUUCUAGUUUACCAUUUUUGUAUCGCCUGUUAUUAAUGUUAUAAUGCAAAGUAAAUUAGUUGUCCCUAAAUGCGUGCGUACUUUGCUGAAUUCGAGAUUCAUUAAGUGCCUUAGCAGCCACGACUAUGUACUUCUCAUCUCAUUCUGGCUAAUUCCACUUGCUGCAUAUUAUGGCGCGUUCCGUUUAUUUAACGCCACAAGUUUUGAUAAAAAUCUAUCAGUGAAAAAACCUCUCGUUGAAAUCGCUAAAAAUUAAUUUUGAAUUUAAAAGGAAAUUGAAUCCAAAGUAAAUUAUAGUAGAUUUCUUAAAAUAAUUGCUUUGGGGUCCAAUUAUGUUUACCCUGAGACUCUUUUAGGCCGAGCGUAGCGUUUAUCUGCCUGCUUGCAUUAAAGGAAGACAUUCUGUUUUGGGUCCCCUGGAAUAAAUAGACGGCUGCAGGGGGGUAAAUCUUAGCUCUCACUUAGCGCUGCUUGUAUAUCUUCAUUGAUGUAAAUAUUGUAAAUAUUAGCCCCUUCAUACUCAAGUGCCUCCAUCACCGUGCGUUAUUGUAGAAGCCGCAUUGCAAAGUACCUCAACUCUGAGCUCAAUUCAAGAGACACACAAUGAUUUAAUAUUGAAAUGUUUGGUUCGAAGACUUCAUUAUUUCUUAAGUGUAAUAGAUCAUUGUUAUUUAAAAUGGUUUGUCGACGUUUAAACAAUUUUCGUUUCGUAAUCUAAGACCACGUAGUGAUUGAGAUUGAACAAAGAUCAAUUCAAAUGUAAUUAUAAUUCAGUUGUGCAUGUGGAAAUUUCCCUGAAUUUUAGAAUUGUACUCAAGAUUGGUUUAUUUGCUGAGUGUAAAUACUUGUAAUAGCUUACAAGGCUCAUUAUAAUUGGUGAUGUUAAUCCUGCGACAAUUAAUAAGUAAAGGAUCGGUUAUGAUCUGAUGGUCGACAACCGAGUUCUGGCGACUACAGGCUGGAUGAGCUACUAUGUAGCGUGGAGAUUUUUCCUGUAUGUUCAUUUCUUCCUCAAUUUAUAACCAUAAUGAAGCUCAUAAAUACCUAAACGGACUUAAUAAAACUUUAUUUGGCCUUCACUAACUCCAAAAACUUGUAUUAGUUUUGAAACACGUUAAAUUUUGAUAUAAAAAUUUCGUGCUGUCUCCUAUAUUUCUCUCGAGAAAGCGUCUGUCACUCGUGUGAAAUUAUCAUGAAUAAGAACUUCUAACCGUAAUCUGCUAUUAUAAUUUAAGAAUGUUUAAUUUGACCCUUCUGGUUUUCUGUAAAUGAAUUCAAAAAUAUCAAAUAAAGUGCCAAAUGAUUUCUGUAUUAAAUUAUAAUCUAUUAAAGUUGUAAGAAAUGGUUUGAAUGAUAAUGUUUGUUCGUGCAGUUGAACCAAACAAUUGGUAAUUCUUAAAUUCUUUAUCGUGACUGGCAUGCUUUUCAUCUCACGAUUAUUUUGUCUCCCAUUACUUUAUACCGAAAUAAUCCCUAACACCAUCAGCUGCGGGUAUAGUCAUUUAGUGCAUGUAAAUGAUAGUGGCGUGAGUUAUCCACAAUCAUUAUCCGCCUAGGUAAUAAGUACUCGUACGAUUAUAGUUCCAUUCCUGUGUGGAAUUGCGAGCUCUGUACUGCAUUUUUUGUACUCGAUUGCUGUACGAGUUUAUUUCUCUGAUGUAUUGUUGUAAACUCGGCCCACUUGUAGUAAUUUUUUUUUCAUAUUCAUUCAUUUUACUUCUAAUUGUGAUUAUCCGUUUAACGGCCACCAGAAACUAGUCAUAGUCUUGCUUAAUCCUUCCUUUUUCGUGCCCUUUACGUGAUUACGAUGAUGACUUGAGGUAUCAUUAACGAUGGUUCAUUUUAUGAAUGAUCCUUACAAGCAAUUAUCAUUUGAAAUUUUUGAUACUCAUUGAAAUUAUUUGAAAGGAAGUUUUUGCUCUACGCCGAACUCUAGAAAUGAACUAUCCUUCCAAAGAUAUUAAGUCGCUGACUAGGGUUGAGCGGGACUCACGUGAUGAGCUGAGUAUUGUAAUGAGUAAAGAGUUUUAAUUAAUAAAUACAAAGUUUUACAUAUUGAA